AUGUACGACGUCAUCGUCGAAUCCAAAGGUUAUGCUCUGACAGAUCCCUUCUUCUGGAGUGAUCUCAAGGUGACUAUCCUCAAGCCCAAGACUUUCCAGCCGGAGGACGUCGAGAUUGCCAUCACCCAUUGCGGUGUCUGCGGCUCUGAUAUCCAUACGCUCACCCAAGGUUGGGGAGAGAGCAAUCUGCCUCUCGUCGUUGGCCACGAGAUCGUCGGAAAGGUCACUCGCGUCGGCGAUAAGGUCACGGAGUUCAAACCGGGCGACCGAGUUGGCGUCGGCGCACAGGUCGGCAGCUGCCUCCAGUGCAAGCGGUGCAAGUCCGACUACGAAAAUUAUUGUCCGGAUAGUAUCAGUACCUACAAUAGCGAAUAUCCGGAUCGCGUAAUCACCCACGGGGGAUAUUCCACUGCCAUUCGAGCACACGAGCGUUUCGUCUUUCCCAUUCCAGAUGGAAUCGAGUCGCGUCACGCUGCGUCAAUGCUCUGUGCCGGUCUGACGGUCUAUUCUCCUCUGAGAACCUACGGUGCAGGGCCGGGAAAGAAGAUCGGCGUUGUUGGUAUUGGAGGGCUUGGACAUUACGCAAUUUUGUGGGCCAAAGCAAUGGGUGCCGAGGUCUAUGCCUUCACGCACGACAAGAGCAAGAUGGAGGAUAUCAAGAAGAUGGGCGCUGAUCACAUAGUCAAUACCGAGGAAAAGGACUACCAUAUAUAG